CCCCUGGCAGUGACAGCACGGAGACUUGGAGACCCUGCCGCACGCCCUCCUGGGAGGGUUGAGCCCCUGGGCAGGGCCCGGAAGGGCUGGGGAGCCUCCGGCCACGCUGCCACAUCUAACUGGAAACCCCUCUCCCAGCCUGGCCGAGCCCCGGUAGGCACUUCCUCCCGGGGAAAGGUGCUGGCGGGAAGACACAGGCUGCAGCGGCCAGACAAGAGGACCACUGUGACCACUCGGGCGUGGCCUCCCCACUGCUGGCCUGCGCCCACCUCCUGCCUGGCCCGCAUGGCCCUGUCUCAGAUCACGCACGCCACACUCCGAGCUCCCUGCGUCUGGUCCCUGGCGCUGCAGCAGCGGCUGGGGACCCUGAGGUCCCGGGGCCUGCCCCCGCCUCCCCAGCCCAGGCCGCCUCCCAUCUGCCCUGCGUGGUGCUUAUCGGGUAACCAGAGCCCGCAGCUGCGUCCAUGCCUGAAACAGGAAGCCCAUCAGGCCUGGGCACAGGCUGCCAUCGCCACCAAGAGCCAGGCUGGAGGAUGGAGGAGCAGCGGGCGCUGGUGGCCGCCAGGGCUGGGGACAUGGCCACCUUGGAAAGGCUGCUGGUGGCCGGCUCCCUGGGCCCGGGCGUCAGGGACACGCUGGGGGCUGGGCUGGUGCACCACGCUGCCCGCGGCGGCCACCUGGACUGUGUCUGCUUCCUGGUGCGACGGGCCAAGCUGCCUGGCAACCAGCGGGCCCAGAACGGGGCCACCCCAGCACACGACGCUGCAGCUGCUGGCCACCUGGAAGAGCUGCGCUGGCUGCUCCGCAACGGGGGCUGUGGGCUGCAGGACCGGGAUGCCUCGGGCAUCUCCCCACUGCACCUGGCCGCCCGCUUUGGACACCCGGCGCUGGUGGAAUGGCUGCUGCAGGAGGGCCACGCCGCCACACUGGAGACGCUGGAGGGCGCCCUGCCGCUACACCAGGCCGCCGUCAGUGGCGACCUCACUUGCCUGAAGCUCCUGGCGGCUGCCCACCCCAGGGGCGUGAACCGGCAGACCCGCAGCGGCGCCUCCCCGCUCUACCUGGCCUGCCAGGAGGGCCACCUGCACCUGGCUCAGUUCCUGGUGAAGGACUGUGGUGCCGACAUGCACCUGCGCGCCCUGGAUGGCUCGAGUGCCCUUCACGCUGCCGCUGCCCGUGGCCACUGCCCACUCGUGGUCUGGCUGGUCACCUUCACGGACAUCAGCCUGAUGGCGAGGGACAAUGAGGGAGCCACGGCCCUGCACUUUGCAGCCCGAGGCGGCCACACCCCCAUCCUGGACCGGCUGCUGCUAAUGGGCGCCCCGGGGACCAGGGACUCCUGGGGGGGCACCCCGCUGCACGAUGCGGCUGAGAAUGGGCACUUGGAGUGCUGCCAGACCCUGCUCUCCCAUGGCGUGGACCCCUCCCUGCGGGACACAGACGGGUACACGGCAGCGGACCUGGCAGAGUACCAUGGGCACCAGGACUGCGCCCAGUUCCUGCGAGCAAUGGCGCGGCCGCUGCCCACCCUGAUGACACCCCAGCCUCCGCCGUUCCUGCCCCCGCCACUGUCCGCCGUGAAGCUCUCCCUGCAGCACGGAGGAGGGGACCCUGGGCACGGGAGCCCCACGCGCUCCCCGAGCCCUGCCCCCGAGGCCCCGACUCCCCUCCACUUCUCAGCAGCCUCGACGCUCAGCCCCACCUGGCCCGGCCAGCCCAGCCUGAGGGAGCCCCUGGCCUGUCCCCCUGGCCCAAGCGGAACUCCAGCCACCCCCAAGGGGCCAGAGAUGGCUCUGGGGGACGCCCCCAACGGCCUGGCUGUGCUGCGGCUGGACGGGCUGCCCUCGGGGGACCUGGACGGGCUGGUGCCCACGCGGGACGAGCAGGGCCGGCCCAUCCCCGAGUGGAAGCGGCAGGUGAUGGUGCGGCAGCUGCAGGCCCGGCUGGGCGCGGAGGACGGCGCUGCAGAGGCCCAGGGCAGCAGCGGUGGGAGCGCGGGCCCCACGGAGCCAGCCCCCUGGCAGUACGCGCAGGUGCACCAGGCCAUCCUGGGCCCCUUUGGGGAGCUGCUGACAGAGGACGACCUGCUGUACCUGGAGAAGCAGAUUGCAGACCUGCAGCUGCGGCACCGCUGCCAGGAGUACGAGAGCCAGCUGAGCCGGCUGGCGGCUGAGCUGCAGGCCCUGCUGCCCGAGCCCCUGGUCAGCAUCACCGUGAACAGCCACUUCCUGCCCCAGGCACCCGGGCUGGAGGACGAGGGGGGCCCCAUGCCGGCAGCCAAGCCCAAGGACCCUGGGGAGGCCAGGACCGCUGAGCCGGGCGGGCAGCCCCUCCCCUUCUGGUGCAGCCACAUCGGGCGCCUGGUGCGCAGCCUGUCACUGCUGCUGAAGGGCAUGAAUGGGCCAGUGCAGGCUGAGGAGCCCGAGGCUGCCCUUGCCCCACAGGACGCCCGCAGGGAGGCCCUGGCCAGCCCGGCCCGCAGCGAGGCCCAGCGCGAGAUCCAGGGCUGGGGGGUGUCCGUGCAGACGUUGCGUGGCAACUUUGAGUCGGUGCCUGAUGCCAUCCCGCCCUGUGCCCCAAGCCCGGGGCUCUAUGAGCCCGGUGCCUGGCCCAUGCAGUGCCCUGGAGGCUGCCAGCUGGCACCUCCAAAGCCCCGAGGCAGGCCAGCAAGGGGCGAGCACAGGCCACAGGCCACAGAGGAGGCCCCGUCGGAGGCGGGUGCACUGCCCGGGCCAGACUUGGCCAGCCUGCGCAAGGAGCGCAUUGUCAUGCUCUUCCUCAGCCACUGGAAGCGCUCGGCCUGCACACCAGCACUCAGGACGGCGGCCUACAGGACCCCAGAGGCCCAGCGUGCCCACCCCCGGGGACCGGAGCCUGCUGGGAGCCUGCACCCGCCCUCCCUGCCGCCCAGCCCCAGCCCCCGGCUCGGCCACCUGUGGCACCAGCGCAGCGCCGUUGCCCACCUGCUGGGCAGCUGGAAGGCCAUCCUGGCACAUGUGCCCACCCGGCAGCUGCGGCUGAGCCGGCGGCCCCAAGGGCCCCUGUCCCCUGAGCAGUUCCUGCCCCAUGUGGAUGGGGCGCCCAUGCCCUACAGCAGCCUCUCCCUAGACCUCUUCAUGCUGGGCUACUUCCAGCUGCUGGAGUGCGAACUGCCGCCGGAGGAGCGGAAGAUGCGGCACCUGCUGUGCUUUGAGGUCUUUGAGCACCUGGGCGCCCAUGGCUGGGAGGCAGUGCGGGCCUUCCACAAGGCCGUGAUGGACGAGGUGGCUGCCGGGCACCGUGCCUGGAGUGACAGCUUGGAGGACAUCAAAGCCCGCUUCUUCGGCUGCAGCCAGGGCCCUGCCUGGGACCCCGAGCCUUGCCGGGAGUCAGGAGUGACACCGCUCGGGCCCCUGCCGAGCCCCGCUGUCCCCAGCAGUGUCCCCAAGCCUGUGGCACAGUGGCCAGGUCCUGGCUCCCAGCAGGGCAGCUUCAACAGUGAGGACAUCUGCAGCUACAUGGACCGCAGCUUUGCCUUCUGGAAGGAGAAGGAGGCGGAGAUGUUCCACCUCGGGGAGUGAACGGCCCGAAGAGACAGCAGCGGGACUGCAGUGCUGGGCCUGGCCCACGCAGACUCCCUGAUGAGAAGCUCCCUGUAUGGUCCCUGCCCUGACCCCGCUGUGGGGCCCCGGGACACAGAGCUGUCAGCCCCAGAGGUCAUGGAUGGCAGAGUGGCCACUCGGGCACCCAGCUGUCACCCAGGGCACCCUUCUCCACAUGCCAGGGGGCUGGGAGGUGAUGGAUCCCACCCUCGGGGCCCGGCUGGCACAGAGAAUUGACGGAGCCAGUCCUCGGGAGGGCUGAAGGCUGCUGAUGGCAGCCUGUCCCCAGCCCCCGGUGCCGGCCAGAGGCUGGGCCCCCGCCAGGCUGUGAGGUCCAAGGAAGCUUCGGGGGGGGGGCUGUGAGACGCCCCGGGCACUGGCCGAGGGGGAGGUUUCAGGACCCUCCGCCGACCACCUGCCUGUGGCCACAGCGCUGAGGGCAGAGCUGGCACGACGACAGGUCACCUUCAGGGGUCUCCUGUGGGGAACCUCAGCCUGGGGUCCUGUGGGCAAGGCCUCAAGGAGACAUGAACUUGGGGUGAGCUGGUGGUCCAUACGGCAGGGCUGUGAAGGGAAGGGGCGUGCGCCCUGGCUUCCGGCCACCAGGGCCACUCGCCAUCGCUGGGGCCUGCCACACGCCCAGGCGCACACCACAGAGACCCCUCCUGCAGCCAAGCCUGGGCUUGCGCUGGCUCAAUAAAGCUCCGCCCC